AUGUCGCCAGUGUCCACCAAACGAGUCCAUUGGGAAGAUGACUUCGACCGUAACGGCGUCCAUCACCGUGCGCCCUUCUACGUGACAUUCCUCGUCGACCCAGCACCUCCCUCCCAAGGACAGUCACUUCCCCAAUCCCCGAUUACUCCCAUUUCAUCUCCCAAGCACCGGCAUUCACCUCCCCCACGUCCAUGUCUCCGCCCGCCGGCGUCGUUUAAGCAGCCACCCAUUCACCGAGCACCUUCCCCCUUCCCAGGACCCCGCCGUCAUUCGAUAUUACAUCGGGCCGAUAUGGAAAGAGCGACCCGAACCCCCCUGCCGUCCACGACGCGUCUUUCCAUCCAUCGCGCGCUUCGUCUGGGAACAUGCCCGCCCCUCGACUUCUUCUCCCCAAGCCGCGUCGUCGCACAUCCCCAGAACGCGUACGAACCCGCGUCUAAACCGGCCUUUCAGAGGGUCUCCAUCCUCGUCGAGAUAGACAGCGUUGAACGGUUCAACAUCGAGAUCGUCCGCAAGGACGGGAUCCUCACGGUCGAGGACAUCCUCACGUGGGCGCAGAAGGUGUUAAGGGAACGUCUCGAGCCGAGAGUGAUGGGUGGGUGCUAUAAAGAGAAAUGCAGGUGCGGCUGUGGGCGGUAUGUUGAUAAGAAGAGCGAUUUUACAACGGUCUUCGAUGGGUUGAGUGUCAGGGGUGGCAACAUGGAUCUUAAUAAGUGGAGGAUGCACUUCAGGAGGGUGAAGUCCACAGCAUAG